AUGGAAGCUUCGUCUCCAUCGUCAAACAUACCCAAUGAGAUUAUUCGAAUUAUACUUUUGCAGUUGUCGGUGGAGUCUAUCAUUCGGUUCCAAUGCGUAUCUAAACUGUGGCGUUCGAUGAUCCAAGAUUCGGAUUUCAAGUUGUCGUAUGGUGGACCAGGACGAUUGUUCAUCCUUUCGCACGAAUCCGAACGCCGGGGUUCCCAGAAUUCCAAACAACUGGUCGUUAGAUUCACUACAAGACAUGACGAUGAUCUUCGUCUUGAAAGGCAAAAAUGGCCGUUGGGAGAGGCUGCGGAUUAUCCAUUGAUUCGUGGGAGCAACCAAUACCAUGUUACAGCUUUGUCUUCUUGCAAUGGGUUUGUGCUUCUGGCGGCGGCUGAGAGAGAUAUCUUGUUGUGGAACCCGCUCACUAGGUGUUUGACGAAAGUCCUUGAGUCCCCAUAUUCUGGGAUAAAAAGCUCGGGUGCUCUUGCAGGGCUAUGCUACUAUCCCCGCACUAGAAAUUACAAGGUCGUCCUAUUGUUUCGCCACUUAAUGGAUUAUGACAAUCCCUGGUGUGUCAUCUCUGCCAGCCUCACACACAAAAAUUGGCGAUCAGUGCAGUUUCCUUAUUGCUUUGAUUCUAUCAGAGAUGGUGUUAGCUUUCGCAAUACAUUUCACUGGUGGGUAAGUGACAUCCCAGACCCCUAUUGGUAUAGUGUAGGGGAUUACCCGCCCAGAGCCAACAAGAAUAGGAUCAUAUAUUUUGAUUACGUGCGUGAUGAAUUCAGAAUCUUGCCCACCCCUUCCGAACAGAGAGAAAACAGCUCGAUAGUCGGGUUAGGGGUUAUAGAUGACUGUUUAUCCAUGGCAUGCAUUCCUCGUCACAAUGAGGCAAAAACAAACACGUUGCAAGUAUUGAUUAUGAAGGAAUAUGGCAUAGAAGAAUCAUGGAUGAUUGCGUUUGAUAUCCAAAUGCCUCAACUUACUUAUGGGAACCGUGGCUUAACAUUCUACUCUCAGCCAAAUAAUACAGAACAAGUAUUAUUCAUGCGUAGGGGUUUGAAUCGGCAUCACGUAUAUGUUUAUGAUCGGGAAAAAGAUGAACGGAAGGAAGUGCUGAUGGACUUUCUAAAGCAGAGCACAGGUCUUGAUGAGAACUUUGCUAGUAUGUUUUUCUAUGUUGAGAAUUUUGAUUGCUUAGCCCUGCAGCCACAUGAUUAUAUAUUCAGUUAG